AUGAAUUUAUUAAGUGGUCGUAAUUCAGCAUCUAAUGAUUCUGAUCUUUGGAGUGAUGCCAUGGAUCGGAAAGAAGAUACUAAAAGCUAUGGGAUACUACCUCAAUUAAAACGUCCUUAUUUACGAUGUGAUAUUAAGACAGAACUCGAUCAACUCUGCUUAGUGUUAUUAGGAGUAUGGGAUACACCCGUACCUGGUCUUAUCAUGCGAAUGAUGAGUGAUGUAGACUCGACGCCGAACAUUAAAAUACAGAAAGAAUUCUUGCAAGCUAUUUCAGAUGCUGCUGUUGCAUCGGAUGCAUGGAUUAUAACAAGUGGUUACAAGGAAGAGAGCAUUUCAGAAUUGAUCGGUGAAAUAGUCUACAAGAGUCAAAUAAAAAAUCCUGAGAUAAAUUUCAGUGCGAUUGCUGUUGGUAAAUGGGGCAACAUUCACGAUUGUCAUAAACUUGAAGACAGGAGUUCUGUCAGCCAAUAUUCACCCCAUAAAGGAGGACAUGGACGAUACAAGCUAGAAUCAAAUCAUACACAUUACAUUUUUUUCGAUGAUGGUACAUGUGAUUCGUUGGACACUGGUGAAUUUGCUUCAAACCUUGCUCGAGAAAUAUCACGUGGAGCAAGACGCAAAAUACCAUUAAUUACUAUUCUAGUAGGCGGUACUCUUCAUGCAAUUUCAUCGAUAUUCACUGAUUUACAAAAACAAAUUCCAAUUGUUAUUGUCGAAGGAAGUGGACAGUUGGCUGACAUAUUAUGUAAAUACCUGAAGUUAACUGAAAGUUUUUAUAAAUCAUCCGAAAUUGAAAACCAGGUGACUAAUGAUCAAGACGAAGCAUAUAGUGAUCAUGAAGACGAUGCGGAUAUAACAAUGGUCGAUGAAAAAUUUUCGCAAGAUGAUGCUAAAAAUCCACCUUCACCGACUCAAAACACAUUAAGAACAGCUUGGCGAUUGCUUGGUAAAAAUCGUCUCGAAUUUGCUAAUGAUGUGCGAAAACUUUACAGUAUGAUCCGUCAAGAAGAGUAUGAAGCCAAAGGCAAGAGGCUUCCUGUAGGUGAACUCUUGAGUUUGGAUGAAGAAAAAUUUCUUGGACAAUAUUUAUUGAAACUUGCUACCUGUCUUACAGCUACUUUUCGAGAAAAUAUUUGUGUUUUCAACAUCAAUACAUCAAAAUCCUUGAAGCAUACAAUUUACCAUGCUUUCGUUCAAGCAAGAGACAAUCUUUCACGGACUAACAAGUCUCUUACGACUAUCAAUGAUCAAGUACAUCUAGCACUUCGCUGGAGUAUUGCCGAUGCUAGUGAAAACCAGUUAGUGACUACUACAAGGAUCUGGAAUGAUACGACUAAAAUUGCACAAAACCGAUUGCUUCUGAUUGAUGCACUCAGCAAAAAUUUGCUUGUGUUCGUCGGCAAUUUCGUCAAACUCGACAUUGAUAUUACUGUUUUAUUUGGUCCUGCUAGUGGUUCAUCGACAGCAGUUAAUAAUAGUUGGUCUCGUAAACAUCAGUAUUUGAAAGAUUUGUAUUCGGAGACAAGACGUAAAAAUACGACCACAUCAGCAUGCUCAAAACGACGAUUGAAAAAGAAUGGUAUCGAUUACACAGACAAUUAUGGAAUCAAUGAAACAGUACUCCAAAAUUUUUUCCAUUUUCACAAUCGACCCAUUGUCAAAUAUUGCUAUACUUGCUUCGGCUAUGCCCUCUUCCUGCUCUUCUUCAGUUAUUAUAUGCUUUAUGCAUUUGAUCCACCUUCAAACAGCACUCUCGCCAUUCAUUGGACUGAAGUAUUAACGAUCAUCAUCGUAACUACUAUGCUCUUCGAAGAAGUUCGACAGUUCUUCUCUCAAGACUAUUCAUCACUAAUGAGCAAGAUAUAUGCCUAUUUUGAUUUGAAUAAUCGAGUAUCCAAUUUGUGUUUGGUUCUGCCAUCAUAUCUUCUCUUCUAUGUCGGACUUGCGCUUCGUUUUACACAAACAGAUCCCGAACAUUUUGCAUUUGUGAGAAUAGUGAUGGCUUGUGACUUGGAAUUAUGGUAUAUUCGUUCGAUUUUGUUCAUCGGCAGUUUUGAUAGUGAACUUGAAAAGUUGAACGGCAAACCGGAUUCUAAUACUAAUAUUGCCACUCAUGUCCUAUUUGCUUUUCAUAUGCUUUUCGUCAAUAUACUAUUGAUUAACUUAUUGAUUGCCUUGUUCAGUUUCACAAUAACUGACAUUCAAACACAAGCACGUUAUAUUUGGGCCUACGACUGUUGUGAUAUCAUUCGUAAUUACCAUGCUCGGCCAGCUUUGUUUCCUCCGUUCACUUUUCUCAUCUCAAUUGUACAAUGGUGUCAAUGGUGUUUGCGAAUGUUUUACAGAAAUUGCUCUUCUAGAAAAAAAUCUCAUCGUGAGCCAUCGAGAUGUUUCAAAAUGAUUCCCAUUGAUGAUACUGUUGAUUACGCAUGGUCAGAAUUCGAACGAUAUUCAACGAAUGAUUACAUUCGACAAUUACUCGAUGUUCAAGCCACUGAUCUUGCAAAUGCGAUGAACAUAGACAUUACAUUCGAAUCAUCAUCAACCAAUGCCGACGAAUCGAAACGCAUCCAACUUCACAUAAAUGAUUUGCAAGAUGAUAUAAAACGCUCAUACAAUGAAACUGGAGAACGAUUGCAAUCGAUGGAGAAUACUAUCACCGAAGUUCAAUCAAAAUUCGCUCAGAUGGAUGAACGUUCUCAUAAAUGGUUGAGAAAUAUGAAAGAUGUAAACACAGCACUGGAUUGGAUCAUGCAGACAAUGAAAAAUGCGAAAAUGAGUGAAUCAACGCCUCCAUUGAUUGAUGAUACAUCUCGAGCCAAUCCAAUGAGUCAAAGGCAACAGCUUGACAUUGGACGUGUUCAAUCUAAUCCGUACUCGAGUACAGCGGAUACAAAGACGCGACAAGUACCACUACAGCAAGAACGAUCAACAGCACCCGACUUUUGUAUUGAAAUAGCAAAUAGAUCAUUCGACGACGAUUCUGUUUAA